UAGGAGCGCCAUAUCUUGAUUCUUCUAGCCAAUAGAAGUCAACAGCCCUGGUUGCUGCUUGAUGACGCAUGUGAUCUACAGCACAAAACCGCGUGAAAAUGCUCUUCUACUCCUUCUUCAAGUCUUUGGUUGGCAAAGAUGUUGUUGUGGAACUCAAGAAUGACUUAAGCAUAUGUGGAACAUUGCACUCAGUAGAUCAGUAUCUGAACAUUAAACUGACAGAUAUCAGCGUCACUGAUCCAGAGAAAUAUCCCCACAUGUUGUCAGUGAAAAACUGCUUUAUCCGUGGCUCAGUGGUGCGGUAUGUUCAGCUUCCUGCAGACGAGGUGGACACACAACUGCUGCAAGAUGCUGCACGCAAAGAGGCCAUGCAACAGAAACAAUAAAUGCUUUAAGUAGGAAUAGUUUCAGUUUGUUGGAAUGUUUACAAACAUUGUGUGUUUUUGUUUAAUUAAUAUUUUUACGUAAAGUUUGUAACUUGGAAGUUUUUUCAUUUUUGAUCACAGGUCUAAUACAUAAGGCAUGUUUUCCCCCUGAUUAGAGGUUAUGCAUCUGGGCUUUAAGUUUUUCAGUUGAAAAAAUAUCUUCCAUUGUUUCCUAUUUGAUGUAAAGAAAACUCAGAUGUUUUUGUAAUAAAAUGUUCACAAAUUA